AUGACUCAAGACACAUCACCAGAUUAUAGAGGUACAUUUCAAUUUUUAGAUCGAAGAUUACAAGAUAUUGCAACUUUUGGACGAGCUGUCGGAGAAAUUGAUACUUUUGUUGGUUUUGUUUCAAAAAGUUUGAUCGGAGUUCUUGCUUCGGUAAUAAAGGAAUUGGUAGAUUCUGAUAAAAAUACAAUGCCCUACCAAAAGUCCUG